AUGGCUAGAGGGCUUGAUCAUCAGUUUGAGAAAGGCAUUGAGAAGGUGUGCUUUGGAGUAGGUCAUCAUCAGCUGCAUCUGAAUGAGCCUGGAUGUGUGGAAGGAGAGCAUAGACAUGUACGUGAAGAAGAAGAAGAAGAAGAAGCAAAAGAUGAUGAUGCUGCUCGGUUUUUGUUUGCCAUUAGAGCCCGCAUGCAUGCGAUGUGUUCGAUUAGUAUGAGUACGUCUAUGUUUGAUAAUUAA